UCGCACGCCCGCUCUCGGAGUUGGCCUCAGCUCUUGUGCUCCAUUUAUUUAUUCUAUUCGCUGUUAUUUAUACAAAACGAUAAAGUGUCUUUUAUUGAUUUCGAGCCCUCGAACGUGUACGCAGCAAACGUCGGAUUUAUUAAUUGAAGGCGUUAAUCAAUCAACGCUUCAGUGUCUGUCGCUCGUUGGCCACUGUUUGGUUGUGUUAUCACAAAAAUCGCGCGUGUUUUCGUUAUACAAAAAAAAUUUUGAGCGCAUUUCUUAACAGGCUAGGCAGUGUACGCCCACCGAAACGUUGCAGGAGCGACAUGGACAACAUAUCCACCUCGGACAUUGUCAUCAUCAAUGGCAACUCGCAUCCGGACCUGGCCAACAUGGUGGCCGAGCGCAUGGGCCUCAAGAACGGCGGCUGCUCGGUCUUUCACAAAUCGAACCGCGAGACCAUCGUCGAGAUAAGCGACUCGGUGCGCGGCAAGGAUAUAUACAUCAUACAAACGGGCACCAAAGAUGCCAACAACAAUAUUAUGGAGCUGCUGAUCAUGGCCUAUGCCUGCAAGACAUCCUCGGCCCGCUCCAUAGUGGGCGUCAUACCCUAUUUGCCGUACUCGAAGCAGUGCAAGAUGCGCAAGCGCGGCUGCAUUGUCUCCAAGCUGCUGGCCAAAAUGAUGUGCACCUCUGGGCUGACGCAUAUAAUCACCAUGGAUCUGCAUCAGAAGGAAAUCCAAGGCUUCUUCGACAUACCCGUUGACAACUUGCGCGCCUCGCCCUUCUUGCUGCAGUACAUCCAGGAGAGCAUACCCGACUACCGCAACUCGGUGAUUGUGGCACGCAAUCCGGGCGUCGCCAAAAAGGCCAAUUCCUAUGCGGAGCGCCUGCGCCUUGGCCUGGCCGUCAUCCACGGCGAGCAGAAGGAGGCUGAGAGCGACGAGGUUGACGGCAGAUAUUCGCCACCGCCCACCAGGGCGUAUAGCAAUAUUUUAGGAAAUUCUGUUGAAAUGUGCAUACCAGCGGCGUCUAGCAGCCGUCAGCGCACCACCUCGGUGUCGGUGGGUGUGCCGGAGCAUCCAGUGAAAGUGAAGCCGCCGCUGACCAUAGUGGGCGAUGUGAAUGGACGCAUAGCUAUUAUGGUGGACGAUCUGAUCGAUGAUGUGCAGUCGUUUGUGGCCGCUGCCGAAAUGCUGAAGGAUAACGGUGCCUGCAGAAUCUAUGUGUUGGCUACCCACGGCCUGCUUAGCUCGGAUGCGCCACGCCUGCUCGAGGAAUCAGUCAUCGAUGAGAUUGUUGUCACCAAUACCAUUCCACACGAGAUUCAGAAGCUGCAGUGCAACAAGAUAAAGACCAUCGAUAUAUCUAUACUGAUUGCCGAGGCCAUACGCCGCAUCCACAACAAGGAGUCUAUGUCGUAUCUGUUUCGUAAUGUCACGCUAGAGGAUUAAAGAAAUGCCUGUUUUAUAUUCUACAACUUUAUGUCGUCACACUCACUCACACACACACCCACACACACAUCACAUGUCACUAUGUUACAAAUUGUCAGCAGCCAAGUGAAGUAGCUUCAUAGAAGUUGUGUACUCU